UUUAUGAAAAAAGAACCCCACAACUCAGCUUCCUAAUCUAAAAGACUAACUCCAUUGCUGAGCUCGAGCAUGCCGUUUUGCUCUGAUUGUUGUGCGGAUUUGAAUUUGGUUGAAUUUCAAUGCUUGUUCUAGCUUGAGAUUUUGAAUUGAAAGACUGAGAUUUGCGUGGCCAUUGUUUUUAAAAAAUUUUUUUGGUGAUUUAUUUUAAAAUUGAUGGGACAAAGUGAAGCUAUUUCAGAUUUUGCGCCAAAAAAAUUGGCGCGGCAGUUAGAGUUUACGGCGAUUUGUAGAUCAUCGGCGAAUGUGGCUUUAACACCAUCUCAGGAGCCACAACCACAUCUAAAUUUACAGCCACAUGCACCACAGCCGCCACCUCAGCAGGUUCAACGUCAGCCACUUUCGCAUUUUCAAUUACAAACGCCACCGAAGCAGGCGUCGGCAAUGGCUCAAUUUCAUGCUCGGUCAGAGCAAGUGCCGGUGGCGCGUCGGAUUCCUCAUCCCGCAGAGAAUCUUCCGCUGACAACAUUGACGCUGGCCAAGCAAGAGUCUCCUGGAUCACGUCCAAGAAAUAAUGUAGAUGCAAAAGAUGGUACUCCUAAGAAAAUAAAGCGCUGUAAUUGCAAAAAUUCACAAUGCUUGAAGUUGUAUUGUGAGUGCUUUGCUGCUGGAUUACAUUGUAAUGGUUGCAAUUGCUUAAAUUGUUAUAAUAAUGUGGAGAACGAGGAUGCUAGGCAAAAGGCUGUUGGAGCUACCUUAGAGCGCAAUCCAAAUGCCUUUAGACCAAAGAUUGCUGGCAGUCCACAUGGCUCUCUGGAUGCUAGAGAAGACACGAUGGACACUCAAAUGAUUGGAAAGCAUAAUAAAGGAUGCCAGUGCAAGAAAUCAGGUUGUCUUAAGAAGUACUGCGAGUGCUUCCAAGCAAAUAUUUUGUGCUCUGACAAUUGCAAAUGCAUGGACUGCAAGAAUUCUGUAGGAAGUGAAGAAAGGAGGUCUCUCUUUCAUGGCAAUCAUAAUGGCAGAGCCUGCAUGCAACGAACAGCAAAUGCAGCCAUUAAUGGGGCCAUUGGAUCAGCUGGCUAUGUUACCCCUGUAACAUUGGAGAAGAGAAAAAGCAAGGAACUCUUAGGCAGUGUAACUAUAGAUCAAUCCGAAAAAUACCAACAGGAAAAUCAUGUGAAAAUAUCUGCAACUUCUUCUCCUUCCUCUGUCCCAGUUUCACAUUAUGCAACUGGAUCGGGGGCUUCAAAAUUCACAUACAAGUCCCCUUUGUCAGGCAUACUUCAACCACAUGAUGUGAAGGAGAUAUGCUCUCUCUUGGUCAUACUUUCACAAGAAACCACAAAGGCACUUGCAGGCAAAAUGGAUAGGCAACCUGAGAGAGAAAACAAUCAUAGUUUUGAAUCUAAUUCAGCUUCGUCCACACAAGGGAGGGGAGAUAGCGGACAUGGAAAUUAUGCCCGUAGAACUUUGAGUGAUGAUUGUAUGGAUAGACGCAAAACAGGAAGAGAGAGCAAUGAUGCUCCAGGAAAUAGAGUUGAUCUGGAAAAUGGAAGGCCAGCAUCACCAGAAAUUGAUUUGAUGUGCCAUGAACAAGAAAUAGUAUUUAUGGAAGCUGCAUCACCAAUACGGAUGGGAGUACUCUCUCAAAACAAAACCCAGAUAUCAUCUAAUGGACAUGAGUGCUCCGAUGUUUAUGCUGAGCAAGAAAGGCUAAUUUUGACCAGGUUCCAGAAUUUUCUCAGUAGCCUCAUCGCUUGUGGGAGCAUGAAAGAAACAUUGCACUCCAUCACAAGGCUUAAAAUAGGGAACCAACAAGAACAAGCAGAGAUGGAGAACACAUAUUCUGGAAAUGUAGAACAUUACAAGAAGGCUUACAGUAUUGAAGAUGCAAAAUCUUCUGUAGCUGCAAUUUCUGCUUCUAACAGCAUCUGCCUGUAAUGUCUGGCAGUACCUGUUAAAAAUAGAGAGAUUAAUCCAGAAAGUAAGAGAUAAAUGGGAGGAAAGUUGCUCAGAAUAACAUACAUCCGCCUGUGCAAUGAGGUAACCAUUUCCGGCUGUUCUCAAGGAAUUAAUAAAGAAUUAUAUAAAAAUAAUUCAUUUAGAUGGUUGGUGAUGUUUCUUUUAAUGAUAAAUUAUUUUUGUGAGUCUAAAUAUUCCUAUUUAACCAGAUUGAACAUAAAUGCUCCCAUUGUAGCUAUAUGCAAAUGAGCUAAUUUUUUUACUAUUAUGAGGUAAAUUAUAUUUAAUAAUUUUAAGAUUAAAUGCAUAAGUUUACUCGUAAACUUUAUCUAAAACACUUAGUAGCACAUUAAAUUUUAAAAACUUUCCACUUCACAUUUAAACUUUAUAAAAGUGAUAUUAAGUAAACCAUGCUAUCUUAGUUCGUAGAAAGCGUGAUAAUACAUAAAUGAGAAAUGAGUGAGCUAAUAAAAAUCCUGAUAUGAAAAAAAAA